AUGAAGCAAAAUUUCUUCAGGUACCUCCCAUCAGAGAUCCUCAUCGAUAUCUUGUUGGGACUCUCUCUCGAAAAUAUUGCAACUUGCAAAUGCGUGUGCAAAUCGUGGCUCAGUCUCAUUGAGACUGACUAUUUUUCUAAGUCACAUCUUUCUAAAUCCGCCCCCGUCCUUGUGGUCUCGAUACCGUCUACAAAUUCAAAUUGGUUCAAUGUUUUCAAAUUGGAAGAGAAGCCCAAACGCAAGCCGAAUCCAAUCACCAAGUUUGAUUUCCCCCAAGCAUCAACAAUACAAGGUUCUUCCAACGGUUUGCUUCUUCUGAAAAAUCCUUUUCGCGAUCAUCUUUAUGUAUGUAAUCCUAUCACCCGUGAAUUUGUUGAGCUCCGUGGCCGUCUUACUCGCCCUCGAGAAGAUUGUUAUGGAAUUGGAGUGAGCAGAAUAAGCGGACAACAUAAGGUUGUCUAUCUCAACCCUACCUACGACGGAUGUCAUGUAUACACUCUUGAAUCAGGUUCUUCAUGGAGACGCGUUGAAGGUGUUAUCCCCUCGUUUGAUUGUUGUCACAGCUCCGUUGCUGCAUUUGUUAGUGGCAAUCUCUAUUGGUUUGUUUCAAAAUUUAGGAAGCCCCCUUACGUUUGCUGCUUUGAUCUUGAGACAGAAUGUUUUAGCACUUUCUCUCCACCAAUUGAAUGUCUCAAGAGAAACAACGUUAACAAGGGAAUGUUGUGUACUUUAGGAGAUUGUCUGUGUUUUUGUGAUGACGAACCAGAAUUUAAAGGUGACUAUUAUCACGUGAUCUGGUUGCUGAAGGAAUAUGAAUUAGUUGAGAAAAGUUGGUGCAAGGUAUCUGCUGGCAAUUAG